AUGGCAAUAAAUUCACGCCCCCCCCCGUUACAGGUUCCUGGUUUGCAGAUUUUUUCCAAAUUGAAAUCAGAUGAGGAGGAUGGAUUCAUAAGUUCCAGUUCAACCCUUGGCAGGGACACUAUUUCAGGAAUCGGCGACAGCAACCGUCAGGAGUUUUACUCUACAUGGCGAAAACCGUCUCAACUUAGCAGCCGCAGUAUAUUAAAUGAAUACUCCCCCACAAUUAUUGGAUCUAAUGACCGCAUUUUUUCACCAAUAAGUGUACAAAGUUCAACGAAGAGCUUCAAUUGGGACAACACUAUUUCAGAAAUUUUCACCCAAAAUCCAUUUAGCGUAAUACACCAAUUUUUUGAAGAAUUUCAAUACUCGAUUAUUACCUCACAUUUUUUGAACGAUCUGAAUCAUUAUAGAUUAACAUUGCAUCUAAAUCAAUCUAUUAUGAAUUUUCAUAAGAGCUCAGCUAUACUACAGAAGGUUCCUCUUAGAUCCUUAGCCUUUCUGACUACGAAAUACGGCAAACUGGCGGUAGUAGAGAACAAAAACAUAUAUAUCAAGCAGGACUUUCACUACCUCUCGGUAUUAUUAACCUCCUAUCGAGUUCUCAGACAAUUAAAGAAAUAUUGUAAAAAGAAAAAUGACUCAGGCUUGAAGAGAGUUCUAAGUUCAGUACUGGUAGUAGUAUAUUUAUCAAUGCAACAAGAGCACUUUAGAAGCCAUUUGAUUUGUUAUAAAACUUUGAUAGAGGUACAAAAGGUGCUCAAAUCCUUGCAACAAGUGGAUGUAAUGGUUCACAAAUAUCAUCUACGAUAUAAAGAAAUAAAAAAUUACAGGAUUAUAUCAAGAGUAACUUUUAUUUCAAAUGCAGAUGAAUAUUCAUCUAUGGUAGAGGAGCUCUUAACAUUUUCGAGUGAUGCACUCUUUUACAAACUCAAAACAAUUAUUGGUGAUAUUGUCAUCUUAAGUAAUACCAGCGAGCUUUCGAAGUACUGUGAAUUGUACGGCAUUGACAUAUCAAAUUUAUACUAUAACACUAUUAUUGCAUUUAAAGACCUUGAUGGGAAACUCUUGAGACUGAAACUGCUGAAAAAAUUCAUGCUUUGCUGUUUACUGUCUUUAGAUAUGACAGGAGACGGCAAUUUUUUCAGUUCAAAUAUGCAAAAUGCAUUAAACAAAAUAUUCCCUGACUAUAUGGUGAGAAUGCAACAAAAAAAAAAGAACUCAAUAGACACAUUUCAAAGGGUAACCAAUCUUUUAAAAGGAUUAAAUCCGCUUCUUUCAGCGGUCCUAAUAUCUUUAAAUGAUCAUAAACAAAUAUUAUAUGCGCUUCCAGGAGAAUCAUGGCCAACUAACGGUGGUGAAAAGAGUAAUAAAUAUUCAUUCUCAAAAAGUGAUGAAGUAUUCCAGGCGUUGAAUUACGUGAAAAAAAUUGAAAAUGAUUUAUUGGCCGUCGAUGUUCAAAAUGGGAUAACAGAGACUUACAAGAGUAAUGUUCAAGAUAAGUUGGAAGAGCUGAUUCGUUUCUGGAAAGGUUUGAAAACGUGUAACAAUUUUACUAAGGCAAGAAAGACGCCAAUAACUAACACAACUGUUCGUGGUUUUCAUCUGGAUAUCCUCAAAGGCAGACAAUCUUCCUCUUCUUCAUCGAUACAAGGACUUAAUUUAGAGAAGAAAGUUGAGUUUAUAAAUGUCAAUGAAUCGGAGAACGAGCCGUCUGAAAACGACAUCGAAUUAGAGAACGAUGAAGUUUAUAACUGUGAAGACCACUAUUACGAUGUUGGUAUCGGUGUAGACGAAAGUCGCCCUGUAUGCUUCAGCGCAAAUGUAGAUUGUAAGACACCCGAUUUCAAGCAGCUCUCCGACAAUGAGUUGCGACGUAAGCUAGAUGAAAGAAUUUUAAAACUAGCUCGAGAAAACCGUGAAGGCAGAGAGAGAUUACGGACUGCAAAGUCGUUUGAGCUGCUAAGGAAAACCGAAGAUUCGACUCCAAUAGGAUUUGACUUUGCGAAACCAUCAAGAGAAGAUGGCCUACUUGAGAGCGGGUCUCUCAGCAAAUGCAAAGUAUCUUCAGAAGAGACCAUUCCUUUCCUGUACGAACUAGAGGGAUUGUUAGGAAACGAAUCGUGA